UUGAGUUUUAAUGUCGGUGCAUAAAAUUCCGAUUUGAAUGGAAUCAUUUUCGAUUUAACGGACAAAGAAAAAGAAAAGUAACCAUUUGAAGAGAAGCUAACAAUAGCAUCCUCUGAGUCUUCUUCUCACGAUCACGAACGGUUAUCAUGAAGCUUCUUGAAAUUCAUUUCGAAGGAGUACUGAAGCAGUUGGAACUUAAGUGAUGCAUUGAAGCAGUCAAGCCUGAUCCUAUGGCACUCUCAGAGUUUCAUUUUAUGUUCUGAGUUAAGCCUGCAGGACAAGCACACUCUAGAGUUCUCCAGCAAAUCAAGUUGAGAUUGAAGAAAAAUUUGAAUAUCUACGUGUUGACUUGACCACAAAGAAAAUGAAUAUAUAAGGACUGUGAAGUACUAUGAAUAUGUGCGGAAAAAAGGCCAAUUUCGACUUGAACUAAGAUUGUCGAAUAGAUAAAGCCAUGGAGACGUAUCAAAAAGGGCUGAAACAUGAUCCCAAGAACUAAGAGUUGCUUGAUGGUGUUAGAAGAUGUGUAGAACAGACGCCAGAAGAAUUGAAGGAGAGAUAGGCAAAGGCAAUGCAAGAUCCAGAAGUUCAGAAUAUAUUGUCGGAUCCGGUGAUGAGACAGGUACUGGUGGAUUUUCAAGAGAAUCUGAAAGCUGCACAAGAGCAUAUGAAGAACUGAUGGUGAUGAACAAGAUACAGAAGCUUGUUAGUGCUGGUAUUGUUCAGGUCCGGUAAAUUGGUUAUGCUAAACCGGAAUGAAACGAAGAUGUGUCUUUGGUUAAAUAAAAACUGAGAUUCUGAUUUGGUUUGGGUCAAGUUUGAUGAGUUAUUAUCGUAUGAACCAAUUUUAUGUUCUCUUAACUUUUUCUUGGAUUUUAUGUUUACUUAGCUUUCUAAAAGAAUUUUCUAGUUGUGUUUGAAAAUUUAAAGCUAAAAAGCUGUAAAGCCUUCACGUGCAAAGCCAAGAAGGAAGAAGAUGAACACGAAAAAAUGAAACUACGUUGUUUUGUGUGUUGUUUUGUAAAAAUUAAAACAACAUCGUUUUGAGAUGAAUCGAGCAAAUGUCAAUGCCAAGGUGGCAUU